GUAAAAACAGUAGACUGUUCGAGAUAAAGCAGACGGAGCUUCGUGUCCUGGUCGUUUGUCAUCGUCAUCCCAACAAAGUGGUGACGGGCUGCAAAAGCAGACCUCGACGCCGUGUUCCAAGGAGGCUGAUCAUGGGUCAGCCCUGCUGCUAAUCCCGUCUGACUAGGAACAACAACAACGAAACCUGUACAUCGCAUAGCCAUGGGUUCCAGACUUAGCAGACAGAACAGCUUGGACAGCGAGAAUUUCUCUAAAAAGCGACGCAGGCUUCUCGAUGUCGCCACGGAAAGCGACAAUAGGAGCGGCCGGGUCGGGGGCGACUUCCUGUUUGCCCUGAUGCUCAAGACGGACAAACUGCCCGGGAUGCUGCGUAGGUCCAACCACAGCCCCUACAUGAGACGGGUGGCGUGGAUAAGGGAGAUUCAGAAACUGCUUCGCGAUCGCAGGAUGGAGCAAGCAACCGACGUGCUCAGAUUGCUGAGGAAGGAUCUGGGAUUGGAAGGUACCUCACUCAAUGACAUUUUAUAUAAAAAUGCUGCCUUCCUCAAUCUGGUGGAUCCAAUUUCACACGAGCUGCUGCUGAGUUUGGCCCGAGAGAUGCAAAAUCCUAAGAAGGAUUCAGACACCAUAAAGUCGUCGGAUAAAAUUUGCAGACAGCUAAUCUACCACCUGACCCCACAUUCAAAAUGGCUGAGGCAGAGCAUGUCCCGUCGGAAAUCCCAGGCAUGUCUCAAGACAACGCUCCAGAAGAAACUGUCCAAUGACACUGUGGACUUGUCAGGCAUUCCUCUGUCCACCCGAGAUGUCCGUCAAGUGGCUUUCUACCUCCAAAACAAUAGAGAUAGCGUGGUGGCCGUGGAUAUCAGCUUUACGGAACUCCAAGAUGAAAACCUGAGGCUGCUUCUUCCUCUUCUUGCCUCACUGCCCAAACUCAACACCCUUGCCCUCAACGGGAACCGUCUCACCCUGAGUAUACUCAAAGACCUGACUGAGAUGCUGAAAGACCCCAAGAAGUUCUCCAGCCUUGCCUGGAUAGACCUUGGAAACAAUGUUGAUAUUUUCACCAUGCCUCAACCGCUGUUGGUAGCUUUACGUCGACGUUGUAGCCUCAAAAGUAGUCUACCCACAAUCUAUGAGUACACAGAGGGUCAACCCUACUGCUACCGGCUAGAGACGUCAAUUGAGGAACCCAGCCACUAUGAGGAAGAUGAGGAAGAAGAGGAUGAGCAGGACGACAUCGACGACAUGGGUAAAAAAUUUGAGCUGGAAUCAUGGGGCUUAGGUGAGAAGCAGCUUUCUAAAGACUUUACCCUUCACUACUGUGAGAGGUGAUCAGGUGUUUCUCUAAGAGGCUUUCUAAACUCUGGCUGAAAUGUUAUCAAUCAGAGACCUUCCUUAACUUGAUCACUCUCACACCUUCCAGUCCAGUCACCCUUGAGGCAUGAAGGAGGACCACAUUGUGAAACUAAAUCAGACACCAAGUAACAACAAGACGUCUCAAAAUGAAUCUGCGCUAGUUGACAGCAGAAUGAGGUUGACGCAAUGGACUUACUGUGUAGGUGGAUGAUGCUCUUGGGAACAAGGCCUGGAGGACUGAAUUCAUUGGAGAAUCAUCUCUCACUUGCCCUCUCACGUCCCUUUUACUAUAUAUCUGUCUGAUUGUAGCAGCGAAGAAACCAAUCCCAAGGAGAUUUCGAUCAGUUGUCUGACUGGUUGAGCAGCAUUUCGCCAGUAUUGCCAGCGCAAGACCAGUCCGUUUGGAAGCAGUGGUUCCCCCGAAUUCUCAACUAAGACUGAGACGAUUUCCGACAGGCAGAGCCUCACUCCACAUUGUGUGUUCUCUGUUAAUCUCUCAACAAAAGCUAUGACAGAAGUUCAACAGACUACACAGCCACUGACCUGUCACGUGACGCUGGCAAAACUGCUCGGUCAAGACUUUUUCACCCCUUUCCUAAUGUCUACUUGUGAAUACCCUGCCCUUGUUUGUAUGUAAAUGAGGGCACAAAACAUGGCUCUGUUGUGUUACCACAGUUUUUUUGUUUUUCUUUUGCACUUUUGGUGAGCAAAACAAUCGUAGAAUUUAACAAAUAGGACUAAACAGUGGUAGCGAUGACUAAUUGUUUCUUUACUUGCUUAAAUACAUGUGUUUGUUAACGCAGUUUCAAUUGAACGAAGUUUUAGUACUGGCUUCUGAAUUCAAAGUGUACAAAACUGUUGUUGUUUGUUGUUCAAUUCUUUGGUCUGUGUUGUCAUUUGUAGGCAUUUAUGUGUUACUUGAGGGAUGGAACGGUUUUUGAAAAUUGUCCAAAUUGUUCAGUUCCACUGUUCGUUUCAGUCCAUGUGUCUCUUCGGUUCAUCGGCACACACGGCUCCUUUAACAGGUGUACUAGUGUACUAAAUAAGGCGAAACUUCAGGGGCAGGGGGGGUGUUUAAAUAUAAUGAUUCACACAUUUAGCCAACUAUACAGGACAAUUAAUUUUUUUGCGUACCAAACGAAAAGCCGUGAGCACAAAACCGAGAACCGAACAGAAAUGUGGAAGUAUUUGUGAACCGUUCCACCCCAAUUUACUGCCUCACUUGCUUGGCUCUAUUUCUGUUUUUAGAAUGCCAUGACUGGUUAAUGGGGGUACAAAUGGUCCAGGGGACUGCUCUGGGUCUUGGGGGAUGACGGUGGCCCGUUUGCCAGAGCUACAGGGGGAGGGGUGUGCCACACUCACUCCCCUCCUGAUUGGUGGGGGUGGUGCUGGGGUGGCCACCACACAGCAUUUCCACUUUUCUGCAGAACUAUCACACGUCUGAGUGGGUUCACGCAUGACUGGGUGCAGUUAGACACUCAGGUAGAGAAAUUGUCUGUGCCAGGAUUAGCGAUCAGGUAGCAUAGAAUAGGAUGUCAAUUUAUCCACGCUUACAGGUGAUUUACAUAAUACCGGGUUCCCCACCUCACAUUUCUGAAUUGUGCACACUCCACCUCACCUAAUUACGUCUCCUUUUGACUUACCUACUCUCGUUUUUCUCAUCGGUUAUCAUCGGUUAUCAGGCCCCCCACAUUGUGUCCACGGGUAAAUAUAAUUAGCUAAUGAUAGCACCACUGUGUUCAUAGGUAGCAUAGGCGUAUAAUGUAUUUCUUGUUGUUGUUUGUCCUUCUCCUCUUCUGUCUUCCUUCCUUUCUGUCCCUUCAUAACCUUUUCCUGUUCACUAAAAAAUACCAUGACUGUUAUCUCAUGUAUCUAGACGGACUUUCAGGGUCAUGUCAUUUGCAGUAGCACAUGGUCAGGCAGAUCAAAACAGUGCAAUGCACUUAAAUGCACUUUUAUGUUUCGACCUCUACAUAUAAGCAUAGUCUCUGUGGGUAAUUGUUUGAAAUGAUCAUUCACAGUGCAGAAGUUGUCGUCUUUUAAAUUGCUGAUCCAAAUGGCUCGUGAUUGUUAGAAAGUUCUACAAACAAUUGCUGCUCCGUUAGAAUAUACACUCAAUGUCUAAAUGUAAUAUAUAUGUUUGUCACACUGAAACGUCUGGUUAUUGUUGUAAUUAUUUGUGUUUUGGUGUCUUGUCCAAUUCUGUGACUCCAAUCUCAUCAAAUUGAGCACAGUGGCCUUCUUGUGUUUACUGAAAGAAACAGAAAACAAAAGUAGAUGUGGCAAAAGGUAUUGCAUUAGCAUAUUUAAUUCUUGAUUACAUUGAAAUCAGGCACAUUUUAUGUUGAAUGUUUAAUCUGAGUGGGAGUGAACACUGUCCAAUUGGUUUGUAGCAUCUCUGAGCAAUUCUUCCUUGAUGUAGUUUGUACAUUCCAAAACCAAAAACGACCAAUAAAAAAAAUCUAUCCUAACGGAGAAAGUGAUGCCUGG